UGACAACAACAACAAUAAUAAUGGUAAUAUAAUUCCUCAACCACCUCAUCCUGAACUUUUAGAUUUAAUUAUUGUUGCAGGACAUGCAAUAUUUGUAGGAAAUGAUAUUAAUAAAGCGGAUAAAGAUGAAGGAUGGAUUUUAGAGGAUUUUCAAAAGGGCGGAGAACAAGUGAAAACAUUUUUAAAUCAUAUAAGAAAAGGUUUAGAAUUAGUUGAAAAUAAUAAAAAUGCUUUAUUGAUAUUUAGUGGAGGACAAACGAGGUCUUUAGCCGGUCCGAAAAGUGAAGCACAAAGUUACUGGGAAAUUGUUUAUGCCACCCAAUCACUAGAAACGUCACAAUUACUAACAUCACGUAUGACAACUGAAGAAUUUGCUAGAGAUUCAUAUGAGAAUCUUUUGUUUUCAAUUUGCCGUUUUCAUGAAUUUACUGGGAAUUAUCCUAGAAAUAUAACUAUUGUGGGCUUUAAUUUCAAAAGAAAAAGAUUUAUUGAAUUACAUAGAACUGCUUUAAAAUUUCCAUUAGAAAGAUUUGAAUAUGUAGGAAUUGAUCCUGAAACUAGUUCUUUAAGUAGAUUUGAUGGUGAGAAUUUAAAUUCAUUUGGACCAUUCCAAGGAGAUAUUUAUGGUUGUCAUGGAACACUUCGAAACAAAAAACUUUUAAGAAACCCAUUUAGAAGAAUUCACCCAUAUCUUCGAAGUUGUCCAGAAAUUUCUUCAUUAAUAAAUUAUUGUCCUAAAAACAAAAUUUCAAUUUAUCCUGGUAAAUUACCUUGGGAAUAA